AUGAAACUUUUAUUCAUUUUAAUUAGCUCAACAUUUGCGUAUGACAUAACAUCUGAACGAGACGGACAAAUUUUUGGUUACGUGACUUUGUACUCUAUGAUUCCUUUAUUCGCCCUUAUGCUUUUAUUAGUAUUUUUAUUCCAUUCGCAUAGCUCUGAACUAUUAGGAGGAUUUACUCAAUUAGCUACAUUUAUGCAGUUUGCCAGAUUCGUGCCUUUAAUUAAUUUUUCAAACUCAGUCUUUUAUAGAUCAUUUUGAAAACAAAUUUAUUAUUUUUAUCAAGGUUAUGUUUAUUUUAUCAGCAGUGAGGUAGAGCCAAAUCAGCCACAUUUUGAAGAUAUGGGAAUAAAAUCAGUUUUGGUGCUUUAUAAUGCUCAAGAAUAUUUGGUGGUAUUUUUGCUGUGUUUUUUGGCUUUUGCAGUAGUCCCUUGGAUAAGACCGAGGCAAACUAGUAAAGGAAGAUUUUCUAUACUGAUGUGGUUUAUUAUAGCAUCAUGUUUAGACUUGAUUUUUUUCUGUAUUUUAGCUGUCCAAAACGCUGAUUCUACCUCAUUUUUGAUAAUACUAAGUGCAGCCAUAUCAGGAGUAUAUUUAUCAUUAAUGAUCAUGUAUUUUAUGCUACUAUUAUAUUCUCUAUUUACAAACAGCUAUUUAGAAUAUUUUAAUUUUUGUAUAAGAGAAUUUAAGGACACUUCUAGAAUCUACUGAUUGUAUUAUCCGCUGUUUAUAUCAGCAAGGACUUUAUUUGCAAUACUCCUGGUUUUUGCUUAUCAAUACGAGUUUUAUCAAUGCAUAUGUAUGAUAUCAGCAGAAGCAAUAAUAGGUAUUUUUUAUUCAGUUUUAUAUUUAAUUGCUUUUCAGCCCUACAAGUCUUUUAGAAAUACAUUUUUUACUAUUUUAUAUCACUCGUUUGAAGCUUCAUUUUUAGUAAUCCCUAUAUUGUACGAUAAAUCAGUUUGGACCAUUUCAAAUUUGAAUAUUUUAAAUCUUGCACUGUGCUCAGCAAGCUUAUUUUUAAUAAUUUUACGCUUUUCUCUAGACCUGAUUUUUAUUCAUGAUACAAAAAAUGACCAUCAUAUCAGCCCAAGCGAAUCUUCAGGAAAUAUGACUGUGACCGAGCAAAGGAAUGCCAAUGAUUCUACUAUCAAUAAUAGCUUUGAAGGGCUAGAAUAUCAAAGAAAACAUGUAAGAAAAUUAAGUGGGAAUAAACCUAUGACGUAUCUUGACCCGAAUAAUGCGAAUGAAUUUUCAAUGCAUUCUCGAAAUAACUCAGGGGAAGCAAGAAUGUAUUUUCCCUCACAACGAGCGUCUUUCAAUUAUAGAGAACCUCCUACCAUAAAAAAUCCAAAGCCUGCAGCCGAAAAAGAUUAUUUACAAAUACCAUCAUCUAUAGUCACCCCAACAGAAUCUAAAAAUCUAUCAUUAAAAACAAAACAAAUCCUCCCCAACCACAAAGCGAAAAACAGUAAAAUUUUCAAUCUCAAUAAUCUCACUGUCAAAAAUUAA